CAUGGCCGCAUCCAGAAAGUGUAAAUUUUGCAUUUUGGGGGUAAUUUAGUAUUGAAGUUAGUGAUUGAUCGAACUCUAAAAUGACACGAUGGGCAAGAGGUGGUACAGCUAAUAAAAAGAAACCCCAUGAGGCGUCUCAGUGGUCGGAGCUGAAGACUUCACAGUCUGGAGAUAGGCAAAGUGGGAGGGUCACUAAACAUGCUAAACGAAAAUCAACUUCACAUCAGAAAGAAAAGCUUGAUAAAGAUACAGCAGAAGAAAUGUGGAGGAAGAAGGAGGAGAGGAGAGAAAAUAGGCGAGUGAAGAGGAUUGAUGUGAAAGAAAAGCAAGCAGUUUGUUUUAAUUGUCGGAAAUCUGGACAUACAAUUGCCGAGUGCCCCCAAAGAAAGAAUGAUAUGGAACAUGGAGUUGGGAUCUGCUUCAAAUGUGGCUCGACAGAGCAUACUGUAACACAGUGUCGCCUCAAGUUACCACCAGGUUCAUUUCCAUACGCUAAGUGUUUCAUCUGUAAAGAACAGGGUCAUUUGUCAAAGCAGUGUCCAGACAACCCAAAAGGCUUAUACCCGAUGGGGGGAUGUUGUCGACUGUGUGGAUCAGUUGAACAUUUUAAAAAGGACUGCCCAGAUUUACAAAGAAGUAAAGGUGUUGGUGAUGCCACAGUGGAGAGAAUACAUACUCUAGCAAGUGCAGAUGCAGAGCCAUCAUUGAUUAAAUCAAAGUUUCGUCCUCCUGUAAAAAAGGGCUCAAAAGUUGUCAUGUUUUAAAUAAAUACCAUGUAUCAAGAA